AUGUCUGCUACGGAUCACACAGUUACUGCUGGUGUUGAACAUUUUAAGCCUACCCCAGCGGACAUUGAGAUACAUAAUCAUCUGCCCGGAGAUCCAACUACGGUACUGUUUAAGAAUGUCAACAUUCUAGAUUCUACGGGCAAAAGUCCUUAUCUAGGAGAUGUUCUGAUAGAAGGGGAGCGCAUCACCAGAGUUGGUUUGGUUGAAACAGCUACCGUGCUAGGCACACUCAUUGUGGAUGGACAAGGGAGGAAGACGCUCAUGUCGGGUCUGUGUGAUGCUCACACUCACCUGAGCUGGACUGAUUCUCCCACCCUGGAUGGUAUCGCCCGAAUUCCCCUAGAAGAACACGUACUGUACACGGCUCGUUCGGCAAAGAUGUAUCUUGACUACGGCUUCACUAUGUGCUUUGGCGCCGCAUCAGCUCGACCCCGGCUCGACAUCGCCAUCAAGGGCGCCAUCAAGCAAGGAAUGAUCCCGGGUCCUCGAACGCUUGCAAACGCCCAAGAAAUUUCUACUACGGGUGGCGCCAUUGGCCCUUCCAUAACCAAGUUUGCAGACGGUGUGGAUCAGAUGCGUAAGGCAGUCCGCGAGUUUCUGGCACUGGGAGUCGACAACAUUAAACUAUCAAUGACUGGAGACUACGUCCACGAACACAUGGGUAGUGAAGAGACAUAUUUUACUCUGGCAGAAACUCGCGCAGCGGUUGAGGAAGCGCACAGCCGGGGAAAGCGCGUGUGUGCACACGCACGAAGUGCUGCGUCCGUCAAGCUCUGCGCAAUGACUGGUGUAGACGUCAUUUAUCACGCAUCUUAUGUUGAUGAUGAGGGCAUGAAGCUUCUGGAAUCAAUCAAGGAUCGGGUCUUUGUUGCUCCCGCCAUCAACUUUCCUCUCACUUCCUGCACAGGCGAAGCCAUCCCCUUCGGUCUUACACCGGAGAUGGCAGCAAAGAAGAAGUUGAAGGAAGAAGUGGAGAUCGCCUCAAGGGCAAUGAUCAAGAUGCGCGAGAGAGGUAUUAAAAUACUUCCCGGUGGUGAUUACGGGUUUGCUUGGGCACCUCAUGGAACAUAUGCGAGGGAUCUUGCUCAUUUUGUCAACCUUUUUGGAUUCACUCCCAUGGAAGCAAUUAUAUCGGCCACUGCAUGGGGAGGAGAGCUUAUGGGACAUCCAGACGAACUUGGGAAGAUCCUACCAGGCUACUACGCGGAUGUCAUUCUUGUAGACGGCAACCCGUUGGAAGAUAUAGAGAUCCUUCAAGACAAGGACCGCAUUCAUACCAUCGUCUUAAACGGACAUGUGCAUAAGAAUGUCACUGGCGAGGGACAGCCUCAGAGGGUUCCGAAACCGACCACCUUACCGGUAAUGAAUGCCGAUGGGUCAUUUGACUGGAAGAUCAAAAGGGAAGUAGUGCAACCAAUCAUGAAAUAG